GUGGGCGUUAGUAGUUACAAUGCAGCAAAAGGUCAUUUCAGUUCUUUCCUUCUUCGUCCUCUCCUCUCUCCUUCCCCAGGGGAUAGGGAACCAGCCAAACAUUGUGCUACUGUUUGCUGAUGAUCUGGGAUACGGGGACCUGAGCUAUUAUGGACAUCCAACAUCAAACACAACAAAUUUGGACACACUGGCCUCCCAAGGAUUGGUAUUCAGUCAGUUUUAUACAGCCAGUCCUGUCUGCUCUCCUUCAAGAGCUGCCAUACUAACUGGCAGACUCCAGACUAGGACAGGAGUGUGGCCUGGAGUGUUUGUCCCUCCCAAUAAAGGAGGUCUCCCUCAUAAUGAGACCACCAUAGCAGAAAUGCUGAAGCCAUUAGGUUAUAAAUCAGCUAUUGUUGGUAAAUGGCAUUUGGGUGUUGGUGAGAAUGGUAACUUCUUACCUACCAAUCACGGGUUUGAUUACUACAUGGGAAUACCUUACUCUCACGACAUGUGCCCCUGUCCAAUAUGCUUCUAUCCAAAUGCAGGUUGUCUCAGUGGCUGUGAUAGAGCCUACAGUCCUUGUCCGAUAUUUGAAAAUGAUAAGAUAGUACAGCAACCUGCUGACUUCACUCACAUGGCACUCAAGUAUUCAGGAGCUGCUACUAGUUUCAUAAAAUCAAAUGCAGCAAGUAAGACUCCAUUCUUCCUGUACAUGGCAUUCCAGCACACACACAAGCCGCAGUUUUCAGGCCAAGAGUUUGUCAAUAGUAGCAUUAGGGGACCUUUUGGUGACUCACUCAGUGAGCUGGACUGGCAAGUUGGUGAAAUAAUGGAAGCACUGCAUGAAUCAGGUGUGUCUGAUGAUACCUUUGUAUUCUUCACUGCAGAUAAUGGCCCCUCACUUCACAUGGGACCCCAUGGAGGGAAUGGUGGACUGUUAAGAUGUGGUAAAGGAACAACUUGGGAAGGAGGACAAAGAGAGGCAGCCAUUGCUUGGUGGCCUAACAUGAUAUCUCCAGGAAGAACAGCUUCUCUAGCGGCUACAGUGGACCUUCUACCAACCAUUGCUAAAAUAACUGGAGCAACAAAACCUAAUGUCUCUUUGGACGGAUAUGACAUGUCACCAAUACUCUUUCACUCCAAACCAGGUCUUAGGGAAGCUUACUUUUAUUAUCCAAAGAACCCAGACCCGAGCAAAGGUCUUUAUGCAGUAAGGAACCAGCAGUACAAGGCCCACUACUAUCAGGAGGGCAGCCAUUGUCAGAAUACUUACCCUGACAUUGUCUGCAGAUCCAACUAUUCAGAGAGAGCAGUAGACCCACCAGAGCUCUACAACCUAUUGAAUGAUCCAAGUGAGGUAUACCCAAUUGAUGGAACUAGUGAUGAAUAUAAAAGUGUAAUGGCUGAGCUUAACAAAUUAAAAGAUGAAUUUGAGAAAGGAAUGGUUUGGGGUGAGUCUCAAAUGCAUGCUGGAUCCUCCUCAAGUCUUAACCCGUGUGCUUCUCCUGGUUGUACUCCGUUCCCCUCCUGCUGUAAGACUCCUCCCACUGAGAAAUGGAGGAAUGAUCUAUGGCACCAUACAACUAGCAGUCACAUACCAUAACUAAUAUUAUUAUUAUUAUUAUUAUUAUUGCUAUUGCUAUUAAUGCUACCAUCAUGACUAAUGCUAGUAUGCUGCGUAUAUUAGUAUCGUUGCUAUGGCUACAGUCUUGCUUUAUUAAAACAAAAACUGACAUGAA